AGAUCACGUUUUCCAUUAGUCAGCUGAAAAGUUGGCCCACUUGUUUGAGAGUUGGGCAACCGGCUGAUUUCCGCUUCCUUCGCUUACGCUGGCCAGUGGAGUGAAGAUGGCGGCGGCAGCGGAUCGCGAAGUACCGUCCGCUCUGUGUAGCGAAUUUCUGAAUUUCUCAGCCAAGGACACAGCAGCGAAAUGGCUGCAGGUGAGCGACCUGCCCAGAGAGGUGUACCAGCACCUGGCACGCUACGUGCCCCAGAUCUACUGCCAGGGCCCCAACCUGAACCCUCAGAGCGAGGAGCUGCUGGCCCAGCUGCUGUUGCAGUCCCCCCUGGAGUGGUACCUGUGUGGAGAGGACCCCUCCACCGGCCUGGCCAAGCUCGAGCAGAACAACCAGCCCUCGCAGCUCUGCGGACACGUCUUCAAAGUGGGGGAGCCCACCUACUCCUGCAGGGAAUGUGCUGCAGACCCCACGUGUGUGUUAUGUAUGCAGUGUUUCCUGGGCAGCGUGCAUAAAGAACAUCGCUACAGGAUGACUACCUCUGGGGGCGGUGGCUUCUGUGACUGUGGAGACACGGAGGCAUGGAAGGAGGGCUCUUACUGUCAGAAACACGAGCCCAACAUCAGCGACAGCUCCCAGGAGGACCCUCUGGCCCACCUGUCUGCAGACAUGAUAGCGCGCACCUAUAACGUCUUCUCCAUCGUGCUGAAGUAUGCUGUAGACAUGCUCACCUGGGAGAAGGAGGAUGAACUUCCACAAGGCCUCGAACCACCGGAGCGAGCAGACACCUUCUACUGCAUGUUGUUUAACGAUGAGGUGCACACGUACGAACAGGUCAUCUACACCCUGCAGAAGGCUGUCAGCUGCACUCAGAAAGAGGCUGUCAGCUUCGCCACCACCGUCGACAGAGACGGGAGGAAGUCGGUGCGGUAUGGGGACUUCCAGUUCUGUGAGCAGGCCAAGUCUAUCAUUGUGAGGAACACCAGCCGCCAGUCGAAGCCCUUGAGGGUGCAGGUGAUGCACUCUUCAGUAGUGGCUCAUCAGUGUUUUGCACUCAAAGCCCUCAACUGGAUGGGACACAUCAUCAGACACUCAGAUGCCCUGCGGAGGAUCUUGUGUCAGGUGGGACUGCAGAAAGGUCCGGAAGGGGAAGACUCUAUGGUGGACACAUUCAUGCUCUGUGACUCAAAGAUGUGGAAAGGUGCGAGGAAUGUGUACCACCAGCUACUGAUGAGCAGUCUCCUCAUGGACCUGAAGUACAAGAAGCUGUUUGCCAUCCAGUUUGCCAAGAACUAUGAGCGCUUGCAGAGCGACUAUGUGAGGGACGACCAUGACAGGGAGUACUCGGUCACUGACCUCUCCGUGCAAAUGUUCACUGUGCCCUCACUGGCACGGAUGCUGAUCACAGAGGAGAACCUGAUGACAACCAUCAUCCGCACGUUUGUGGACCACCUGCGACACCGGGACCUGCAGGGCCGCUUCCAGUUCGAGCGCUACACUGCCCAGCAGGCCUUCAAGUUCCGCAGGGUCCAGAGCCUCAUUGGAGACCUCAAGUACGUCCUCAUCAGCCGACCCACUGAGUGGUCAGACAAGCUCAGGGAGAAGUUUCUGGAAGGACUCGACGCAUUCCUGGAACUGCUCAAGUGCAUGCAGGGUAUGGAUCCUGUUGUCAGGCAGGUUGGACAGCACAUAGAGAUGGAGCCAGAGUGGGAGGCGGCCUUUACCCUACAGAUGAAACUCACACACAUCAUAUCAAUGAUCCAGGAGUGGUGUGCUUCUGAUGAGCCGGUUCUGAUCGAGGCGUACAGGAAGUGCCUUUCCAUCCUCACACACUGCCACAGCGGCUUCACCGACGGGGAGCAGCCCAUCACACUGAGCAUGUGCGGACACUCGGUCGACACCAUCCGUUACUGCGUCAGCCAGGAGAAAGUCAGCAUCCACCUCCCCGUGUCCCGCCUACUCGCAGGUUUACAUGUCCUCCUCAGCAAAACAGAAGUGGCCUACCGCUUUCCUGAGCAACUACCCCUGAGUGAGCUGAGCCCCCCCAUGCUGAUAGAACACCCCCUCCGCUGCCUGGUGCUCUGUGCCCAGGUGCAUGCUGGAAUGUGGCGGAGGAAUGGUUUCUCAUUGGUCAAUCAGAUCUACUACUACCACAAUGUGAAGUGCAGGGUGGAGAUGUUUGAUAAAGACCUCAUCAUGUUACAGGCAGGAGCCUCCAUGAUGGAUCCCAACCAUUUCCUGAUGAUCAUGCUGAGUCGCUUUGAGCUCUUCCACAUCUUCAGCUCCCUCGAUGGACGCAAGAGAUACAGCAGAGAGAACGCCAACAAGGAUGUGGUCCAACAGAACAACACUCUAAUAGAGGAGAUGCUUCACCUCAUCAUCAUGGUUGUGGGUGAGAGGUUUGUGGCAGGUAUUGGUCAGGUCCAUCCGUGUGAUGAGAUUAAGCGUGAGGUUAUCCAUCAGCUCUGCAUCAGACCAAUGGCCCACAGCGAACUGGUCAAAGCACUACCAGAGAAUGAGAAUAAAGAGACUGGUAUGGAGAGUGUUAUCGACAGUGUGGCUUCGUUCAAGAAGCCUGGUGUAACAGGCAGGGGGCUGUAUGAACUGAGACCAGUGUGUGCAAAGCAGUUCAACCUCUACUUUCAUCACUACUCACGUGCAGACCAGUCAAAGGCGGAAGAGGCCCAGAGGAAGCUGAAGAGACAGCAUGGAGAGGACACAGCGCUCCCGCCUCCGGUGCUGCCCCAGUACUGCCCUCUGUUUGCCAGCCUGGUGAACCUGCUGCAGUGUGACGUGCUGCUGAGCAUUCUGGGAACCGUCCUGCAGUGGGCCGUCGAGCCCAGCGGGGGGCACUGGUCUGAGUCUAUGCUGCAGAGGGUGCUGCACCUGACAGGAAUGGCUCUCCUGGAGGAGCACCAGCAGCUGGAGAACAGUGAAGAGGAGGCAACGUUCAACUUCACACUCAAGAUCUCACGUCCUGGUGAGGCUCCCUCUAACUCUGCCAGUAUUCUGGCCCUGCUGGAGACCCUGCAGAAUGCCCCCCACCUGGAGGUGCACAAGGACACGAUCCGCUGGAUACUCAAGACUGUGGCGAGCAUUAAGACCAUGCGGGAGCGCACUGUCACCACUCCUGUGGCAGAUCAUGGAGGACAGAGCCAAGAAGAGACGGUGCGGGACAAGGACAAAGCGGAGAGGAAGAGGAAGGCUGAGAUGGCCAGGCUGCGGAGGGAGAAGAUCAUGGCCCAGAUGUCUGAGAUGCAGAGACACUUCAUCAACGAGAACAAGGAGCUCUUCCAGCAGACCAGCCUAGACGAGCUGGAGGCCUCCACAUCUACCUCAGCAGAGCACAGUCCGACGAGUGCGGACGCGGCGCUGGUGUGUGUGGGUCCGCGGCGGACACGUGUGUGUGAGCGGAAGCAGGUGGUGACGUGCAUCCUGUGCCAGGAGGAACAGGAGAUCCGCCCCGACGGCAGAGCCAUGGUGCUGGCCGCUUUCGUCCAGAGGUCCACAGUCAUGUCCAAGAACCGGCACCGCCCACCCCCAGACCCUGAGAAAUAUGAUCCCCUCUACAUGCACCCUGACCUGUCCAUCGGCACACACACAGGAAGCUGUGGACACAUCAUGCACUCCCACUGCUGGCAGAGGUACUUUGAGGCGGUGCAGGCCAAGGAGCAGCGGCGGCAGCAGCGGUUGCGUGUGCACACCAGCUACGACGUGGAGAACGGAGAGUUCCUGUGUCCACUCUGCGAGUGUCUGAGCAACACAGUCAUCCCGCUACUGCCUCUCAAAAAGACCUCCAGCAGCUGUGAGCAGCCCACCCUGGCCCCAUGGCUUAAGACGAUUGGUCAGCAGGUCAGGGCUCUUCAAGCCGCCCACAGGAAGGCCAAACCCAUCAGUGCGGAGUGUGUGGACACAGAGAGUGAGCCUGACUGCCCAGUCCCAGAGGGAUUUAGACUGGAUCACACUCCAAUGAGCCCCUACUCCGACACCAUCAAGGAGAUGUUGACCACCUUCGGCACGGCCACCUAUAAGGUGGGGCUGAAGGUGCAUCCCAAUGAACAGGAUCCUAGAGUACCCAUACUGUGCUGGGGCAGCUGUGCCUACACCAUCCAGUCUAUAGAGCGGCUGCUGUUGGAUGAGGAGAAGCCUCUGUUUGGGAGUUUACCCUGCAGACAGGAUGACUGUCUAAGCUCCUUGGUCAGGUUUGGCUCUGCAUGCUGGACUGCUGGCUGCCUUUCCACUGUGCAGACUCACUUUAUCAGACUAUUGGCAGCACUUGUUCCAGACCCCGAGGUGAAAAGUUCUCCCUGCAUUCUGGAUGUAGACAUGUUCCACUUACUGGUGAGUCUGGUGCUGUCCUACUCGUCUGUCCACUGUCUGGACGGCUCAGGGGUGUCUGUGGACGUCACUCAACUUCACUUCCUACACCUGGUCACCGUGGCGCACAUGGUCCAGAUCCUGCUUACCUCAGUGCCAGUGGAGACGACGAUGGAGCAGGAGAGUGACGAAGCAGAUAAGGAGGAAGAAGAGGCGGUGUGUCGUCUCUACAACACACUCAGGACACACCUGGGCAGUGCCUUGUGUGAUGUGAGCUCAGGGUGGCACCUGUGGCAUUGUGUGAAGGCUGGCAUCCUGCCCUACCUGAGGGCAACAGCUCUCUUCUUCCACCACCUCAACGGAGUGCCCACUCCUCCAGAGCUGCAUGUUCUCGGCCCUGGCCAGUGGGAGGCGUUGUGUGGAUACCUCCAUCUGCCAUGCAACCUUCUUCAGCUCUUCUACAUCCAUCAAGACCUAUUGGAACCCUUACUGCAAGGGUGGUGCUCUCACCCGGAUGUGAAACAGUGCCUACAGGGUAGCGGGACUCUCAUCAGUUUCCCUCGCGAAUCCAACCAGCUGAUUGAGCUGCCAGAUGAUUACAGUGCCCUUAUCAACCAGGCCUCCAGUUUCACGUGUCCUAAGUCCGGUGUGGAUAAGUCUCGUGCCCCUACGCUGUGUCUGGUGUGUGGGGCGAUGCUGUGCUCCCAGAGCUACUGCUGUCAGACUGAGCUGGAUGGAGAGAAGGAGGAGGUCGGGGCCUGCACCGCACACACCUUCGCCUGCGGGGCUGGAGUCGGCAUCUUCCUCAGGGUGAGGGAGAGUCAGGUGUUGUUCCUGGCUGGAAAGACAAAGGGCUGUUUCUACGCCCCGCCUUACCUGGACGACUACGGAGAGACAGACCAGGGUCUCAGGCGAGGGAACCCACUCCACCUCUGUCGGGAGCGCUACAGAAAGAUCCAGAAGCUGUGGCGCCAGCACAGCAUCACCGAGGAGAUCGGCCACGCCCAGGAGGCCAACCAAACACUCGUUGGCAUCGACUGGCAGCACCUGUGAUGGACACACACAAUCACACUCCCGCUCUGUCGUUUCUACACGAACACACACACACACACACACACACACACAAGCAAGUGCCCCUUUUUACACGUAGGGGCUCUGCACAUAAGGGCUGAGGUUACCAUGGUGAUGCCUCAACCUUCACCUCUCUCCCGCCUGUGAGCAGACGCGUGCAUGUAGUUCUCAUUGUACUCUCCUUUGAGCAGUCUGCCCCAGUAAAGACUGCACUGCUUUAUCUUUUCUGUUGGAUAUAUGAGUUAAUAUAUAAACAUAAUCUAUUUGAAAACAGACUCACUCAAACUCAGCCAUGACGCUGAGCUGCGGACGACGGGCCCCAGCCGCGAGCGAGCGAGAGCCCAGAGUCAGACUCCUCAUAUGAACGCUAUUUUGUAUUUAAUACUGAAGCUAGUCUGUCACUGCUUUCACACGGAAACAUGCUGGGGUUUGCCCCCCCCCGCCACCCCAAACAAGCACAACUCAAGCUCAAGCCCACACACACACACUGGGGGUUUUUGGUGUGUUGCACAGCGCCACCUAGAGGACCUGUCUGGGUCAUGCUUCCUCUUCCUACCCAACCCCACACUUAGAAAUUCCACUCGCUUCUAGAGCCUCCUCUGUCUGUUCCUGUUUCUCUGGCAUGUCUGUCUUUCACAGAAAGAUUCUGUCUGUCUGCUUGUCUGUCUGUCUAUAUCUUUCUCUCUUUCUUUCUUUCUUUCUUUCUUUCUUUCUCUAUCUCUUCUCUCUCUCUCUCUCUCUUUCUUUCUUUCUUUCUUUCUUUCUUUCUCUCUUUCUUUAUCUCUCUCUCUUUCUUUCUCUCUCUUCUCUUCCUCACACACUCGUCCCCUCCGUGUGUCCACCUGUGUCCUUAUCUUCUGCAGUUCCUCGUCAGGAGUGUUCACGUCUGAACGAGACGCCGGCCGGCCGACCGCAGGGUCAGUGGGAGCGUACACAUAUUUGUCACGAGUGCCUGCGUGUGUGAACUUUCAAAAAAGUUUUCAGAGUGAGAGUGUGUGCUUGGUGACUGGGUUUCUCUGAAUGUCUGUGUGUGGGCGUCUUGGGACGUUUUCAGGACCCUUUUUGGUUUGUUGUGUGUUUGUUUUUCUUUGCUCUCUCUCUAUCUCUGUCUGUCUCGCUCUAAUUUUGUAACUUGUUAAUGAACUCCCCUAACCUCACGUGAAGAUCCGUUUCUAGGUCGGGACCAGAAUAGGAAUCUACUAGGGUCAUCUCCCUGUUUGAGAGAAUUGGGUUUGAUUGGAUGGGAAAUUAUAAAUUGGACUUCAGAACUUUGGUUCAUGUGGAUAUCGUGCAUUGUGGGAAUCUGUUGUUUUUGUUAAAUGUUUUUUUUUUUUUUUUUUUUGUAGCAUUGACUUCUAAGCAGGAUAUAUAUGGUUUUUGUUUUUUUUGAUCUUCUACCAGGAGCAUUUGUUAGAACUUAAUCUUCCAAUUUUGGCCCCUGAAAUCAUUUCAUUCUGU